CAUCUCUUCAGUUACCUCCAGGCUGUAAAGGACUUCUGAACCUUAUCCAAAAGAAGCUUUCUUCUGUAUUUUUGGGGAGAACUACGAACAAAAUCCCACUCAAAAAAAUGGGAAAGGUGCUGCUUGCUGUUGCUGUUGCUAUUGCGUCUUUCAUUGUUGCCGAGUCCCUGGUCUGCAACAAGUGCACCUUUGGUCUACUGGGAUUCUGCAUGAAUGCAGAAAAUCAAACCUGCACAAAUGCUACCAAUGUGUGCUUCACCUUGAGAACAAAUUUCCCAUCGCUCACAACCUUCCAGGGUUUUAACAUCCAAGGCUGUGCGCCGAACAACACAGGAUGCGGGACUUUCCUCAAUGACACGUUCCUAGGAGUCGGAUACAACACUAACUACACUUGCUGCAAUGCCACAGACAGAUGCAACACGGUGCUACUCAACGCCGCCCCAUCCAGUAAAAUGGCUCUUUCUGCAGCCAUCGGUGCCUCCAUCCUGGCUUUCAUGUUUAGCAUGUGAUGACAUCGCAACAACCAACUUUCCUUACAAUCCUCUGAAAUCUGUCCUAAUCAAAAUAACAGCUGUUAAAAUAUAAAAAUAGAUGUGCGCCCUUACUCAAUGUGUUAUGGCAAAGUUAGAAUGUAUGUUUCAGGAUGUGUUCAUGCAAUGUAUGUCACGGUAAUCUCUUGACAGCAAUGUCUGUGAUUCUGCUACUGAGCUGCACAUGUGCAAUUCAUCAAGUACACGGAUGCCCUGAUCCAAGGAGCAUGUACUGAAAGGUUUCUGUUCUGAAUAAACGUGCCGGUUAUGCCCAAAAUGAA